UGUCAUCAAACUGGCUCUUGCCAGCAGCUUUACUCGUUGUGAUCUUUCCGGAGGUUUAGAUGUUAAAAGGUCAUUCAGUUCUAAAAACCAAUACUUUACAAACUCUCUCGAUAUUUUACAUAAAGACACCGAGACUUGAAACAGUCCAGGACAAACCAGGAGUCCCUACAGAAGUUAAAUAGUUAUUCGCCUCAGGAGCAACAUGUCCUCACCUCAAUCAUCAGCACACAAAAGCAGUGAUGAUGUGAACCCAUUUAAAAUCCCCGAACACCACGAUCUUUUCCAGAUGAGGGACAAAGAGAAAUCUCACAGGAAGCUGGAGCACCAAAGUAAGUUGGCUUUAUCUGCCCAUGAGAAGAUGACAUUUGCAGGCAGAACAAGGUCAGGACAAACCAGACUGAAGAAGGAACUGAAAGAGGAGAGAAACAUACCAGUGACACAGACUCAUGGACAACUCCAACUGACUCCCGCAUGGAGGGUAUCUAUGAAAGACCAUAAUGUUGAAAAGGGAGGCAUGAAUGAAUAUAUCACAAGGAAACGUGAGCUCUUUUUACUUGAGUAUUCUCUGGCAGUAAAAAAAGGAGAGAUUCAACUACUGGAACAAAUGGCUGCAGAAGAAGAGGCGAAAUUGACAAAAGCUGAGAAGUUCUUGGAAGAUGAUGCCAUCUUGUUUGAAGAAUUCCUAAAAGAAAAUGACAAGAAUUCGGUGGAAGCUAUCAAAAUUGCUGAGCAGGAGACCAAGGUGAAGCUGGAGAAAGUAGCUGAGAUCAAGAAGAUAACUUCCAAAAUGGUUGCAGUCAAAAGCGACAUCUCUAAAUAUGAGGACAUCCUGAAGGAGUAUAAAAAAUAUAAAGAGUUUCUGCUUAUGCUGUCACCUCCGGAAUGGCAGGAGAAACAGAUUUCCAAGAGUAGGCACUCUACUGUCUCCACAAGUACUAAGAGGGAUGAAAAACAGGCAGAAACAAUCCAAAAGAGCAAAGAAAGAAAGACAGCAGAAGGCAGCAAGCGUGGAGAAAGACGAGUGGCCCGUGGUUUCUUGUCUUCUCAGGAGGCCGGGGCUUCAUCUAGACAAAGUGUGAAGUCCAGCCAUCAGAGCAGCAAAAUAUCUGCUCCUGGGACUGACAGCUCGGAUUGUGAGGAGGACCCAGAGAUGUUCUUCAAAGAACCGCAGGAUCUUUUGAAUCUAAUGACUGAACUGGAAGAGCAGAACCUUUCUCUCAUCCAAAACACUAGAGAGACAGAAGAAGCUUUGGAGGAGUUCAGACAGAAUGCUGAACUGACUCAAAAAAACAUGGAGUCUGAAUCAAAGCAGCUAAAAGAGCAGAUUGAUAUCAUGACUGAUACCAUUCAGAGGGAGAAAGACAGAGCAGCAGAGCUGGAAGCGAAAGCCAAAAUGUUCAGCUUUGAACAGUACAAACCAGAGGACCAGGACAAGACUCUUGACGCAUUGAGCCGAAAGGUGGAGGAGGUGUACCACUGCUGCGUGGGGGAGACGGAGGCCAAUCUGACCACUUUGCAGAUGCUGACAGCCAUUGAGGAAAAACUGGGGGAGCUUCUGGAAAAUGCAGAUAUGAUUCCAAAAGACCAAAUGAGUAUAGCUGAACGUGCCAAAGAGAAAGAGAGGAGAAUGAGGCUGCGCGAUGAGAAGAUAUAUUUGCAGAUGAAACAACAAGAGGAAAGACAGAAAAAAGCCCUGGAAAGAUCUCAGGCUCAAAUAAAAAAAACAUCUGUCAAGAAGCUGAUGCCACGCUCUCAGCCUCCUCAGCGCAAACAACAGGCAAGCAAAAACACUGAAGCUACAGAACGGGAGAACGAAGAAUUCUUGUAUUUCCUCAGUUAAAAGAAGCAUGUUGAUAUUUGAAUGUGAAUACAAAUGUAUUUUUGUAGAAAAGGAUGGAAAUUAUACUUAAUGUCACCUGUUUUUUUCAGGACAUAAAUGUUAAUGAAUGCAUGAAUCAAAUAUGCAAAGAUCUCUCAAAACUCAACUAUAAAAGGACACAAACUACAGAGACUACGUAUGAUUUAAAUGUAAAAUUUUAUUAACCUGUUCUGACGUAAACCAAACCUAAUAAAUACAUUUCAGCUGCA